CAAGUUCUCAGAGCUGGAGGAGGAGGAGACCUGGACUGGAGCACUGGGGUCCACACUGAGCCACUGUAAUGCAGUUUGGAGUGGUCGCUGAGGAUGCCACCAGAAGUUGCCUCUCCAUAACACCUGCAGUGCAUCGGCACUAUGGUUUUACUGGCUUAAGAGCUUGUAAGUUGCUUGUUAGUUUAUUCUACCUCAAACAAUUGUUUUAGAUAGUUCACAUGAUAUUUCAGGUUAUGCCAUCACAUGAAAGUGUAGGUGUAACGAGAUGUUUAGCAUGCAACAUUUUAUAAAUAGGCUCACAAAGUAACGGAUCCAGUUGAACAAUCUGAAGACAACUUCCAACAGUGAUGAUGAUGACGAUGAUGAAACUCACCAUGAACCGACCAGCCAACACCAUCGGACCAAGCCAGUAAAAGUCGUCUUUAUGGAGUUUUAAAAUGACAUUUUCUAAACUGCUGAACGAGAGCAAGGAUGAAUUCCCCUCGGACUUUCUCUCCAACAUCAGCAACACCUCCUGUGAGGGAAUCGCCGUCGACUCUCAAGUCAUCGGUGUGGGAAUCUUUCUUGCCAUCUUCAUUUUGCUGGCGAUCGUGGGGAACAUUUUGGUUAUUCUCUCGGUCCUUUGCAACAAACAUUUGCAGACGGUCACCAACUUCUUCAUUGUGAACCUGGCCAUAGCGGACCUUCUGCUGAGUAUCAUUGUCCUGCCGUUCUCUGCGUCUCUGGAGGUAUUUGGAUGCUGGGUGUUCGGUCGGGUUUUCUGCAACAUCUGGGCAGCGGUGGAUGUGCUCUGUUGCACGGCGUCUAUUUUAAGUUUGUGCAUUAUAUCCAUAGACAGGUACAUCGGGGUGAAAUACUGUCUGAAAUACCCCACUAUCAUGACUGAACGGAAAGCAGGUGUCAUCCUCGUGGUGGUCUGGGUUUCUUCAAUGGUGAUUUCUAUCGGACCGCUUUUGGGAUGGAAAGAACCUCCACCUUCUGAUGAAAGCAUCUGCAGCAUCACGGAGGAACCGGGCUAUGCUCUGUUCUCCUCCUUAUUCUCCUUCUACCUACCACUCAUGGUGAUUUUAGUCAUGUACACUAGAGUAUACAUCGUGGCCCGCAGGACUACAAAAAGUUUGGAAGCGGGUGUGAAACGGGAAAGAGAUAAAUCAAUGGAGGUGGUGCUGAGGAUACAUUGCAGGAGCAUUCCGGAGGAUUCGAACUCGAAAACAAAAAAUCACCCGUUCAGAAGUUCAUUGUCCGUGAGACUCAUGAAGUUCUCCAGGGAGAAGAAAGCUGCUAAAACCCUCGCCAUCGUCGUGGGCAUGUUCAUUCUCUGUUGGCUACCGUUUUUCUUCGUCUUGCCUUUGGGAUCUUUCUUCCCAGCUCUGAAGCCUUCUGAGAUGGUGUUCAAAGUAAUCUUCUGGCUGGGCUACUUCAACAGUUGCAUUAACCCCGUAAUUUACCCUUGCUCGAGCAAGGAAUUCCAGCGCGCCUUCACCCGUCUUCUGCGCUGCCAGUGCCAGCGGCGGCGCCGCGUCCUGCGCCGGUUCUACGAUCAGCGUUGGAGAACGGCCAUGCGGGGACCCCGGAGGGACCCGCACAGAGACUACUGCUCUGGAUUACCCUUUCACGAGCAGUGCGGUAACUCUUUAUAUUCCUGCCAGAGCAAAAGCCGGCCUCUUAGUCUGAAGGGCUGGAGCUUCUUCCCCCCUUUACAGAAGUCCUCCUUCCAGCUGAAGGAGAAAAUGAACAACAUUUCCAAUAAGAUCAAGAAUGGUACGGGGAAGAGUAGCACGUCUCCUCUGGCCCGGACAGAGAUCGACACCGUCUCAAUGGGGAUUUAUAAUGACUGCGCCGAUCAGAGCGGCUACCAGAUCUACGACCUCACAGAGUGCUACGGCCUGAAGGAAACAGACAUCUAAACAAAGACAGAGCUUACUCUCUGUUUUCUCAGAGCUCUGACCCACUGCCAGCUC